CUAGAAAGACUUUUUAGUAGAUAUGGCAAAGUUGAUAGAGUAGAUAUGAAAUCUGCGGUGGAUUCAACCUCGGGAAGGCAAUUCAGCUGUUGGAAAUUCCCCCAAAAUUGAAGUUGUUUGCAUUGCAUUUGGUGCCUUGCAGUACGCAUGGCCAUCAUCCAGCAUAUGAAAUCAGAGAAGGCAACAUUUGUUGAGCUUUUUCGGUGGGGGAUUCUAAAAGACUUUGAGAAAAGAAGAGCGUACUUUUUAAAUCCUGAACCUCCUUGGCCAGAAUUUUCUUUGGUGCAGGAUUUUCUUUGCAUAUUCAUCAUAAUCUUCUUGGAUAAAGAUCGCUCUUCAGAAUUGAGUUUUCCGCCUGUGACAAGCUUCCUCUUCUUGUUUCCAAGAAGAUUCAUACUGAUCCUCAAUGGCACUACCAUCUUACAUUUUACUCCGACAUUUUGCUUUCCAGUUUCCAUUCCUCAUGACUUUUGCCUGCCUACAAUUCAUACACUGUUUCACGGUUCAAACAUAAACAACCUCAUCUGAGGCUGCAGAAUAAUGGAGAAGGCACUUUCUAUUUGUAGAUCCACCAUGAGACAUCCUGUUUUGGAUUAUUGCUCCUUGCACCACUUAGGACACGACACAAGGUUUAUAGAUUUUACGGUGGUUGCGAAUAUUUCUUUCUUAUGGUUUUGCUUUUAUCUACAUGGAGGAUGAGAGAGAUGCUGAGGAUGCUAUCCGUGCACUUGAUCGGAGAGAGUUCGGCCGAAAAGGCCGCAGACUACGUGUUGAGUGGACCAAACAAGAACGUGGCAUUAGAAGACCAGGUGGAGGUGGAGGAGGCUCAAGGAGAUCCUCUACUAAUACAAGGCCUUCGAAGACUUUAUUUGUUAUUAACUUUGACCCAUAUCAUACUAGGACAAGGGAUUUGGAGAGGCACUUUGAUCCUUAUGGUAAGAUAUUGAGUGUAAGGAUCCGAAGGAAUUUUGCAUUUGUCCAGUAUGAAUUGCAGGAAGAUGCCACUAGAGCAUUGGAGCUUACAAAUAUGAGCAAAUUGCUAGAUCGAGUGAUUUCGGUGGAAUAUGCUGUUCGAGAUGAUGAUGAGAAAAGAAGUGGAUAUAGUCCAGAUAGGAAAUGUGAUAGGUCUCCUGAUAGAAAACGGCGAUCCCCAAGUCCCUUUAGAAGAGAGCGAGGAAGCCCUGAUUAUGGCAUCAAUGGUAUUAGCCGCAGUCCAUAUAAGAAACAAAGGGCUAGUCCUGAUUAUGGAAGUCGUCGUAGUCCAAGUCCUUAUCAGAGAGACAUGGAGAGGGGUUCUCCUGAUUAUGGCCGUCGUCGUAGCCCGAAUCCUAGUCCUUAUAGUAGGAGGGAGCGAGAGAGAUCAACUGACCAUGUUAGGGCCGCUAGACACAGUUCUCCUCAUCAGAGGGAAGGAGCAAAUGAAGACCCAGUCCCCAACCGAAUUUGCAGUCCUUAUGAGAGAGAGAGGGAGAGCCCUACUGGUGAACGUCGCAGUAGCUAUAGUCCUCGUGAUAGAGAGAGAUCAAACCCUGACAAUGGUCAUGACCAACGGCUAAAUACAGUAGGAGAACCUGGUGAUAGCCCCAGUUUUGGUGGGACUGAGAGCCCAAAGCAUCGGGGAUAUAGCAGCCGUUCCCCUCGAGCUGAGGAAUGACGAAGGAUUAACAAAAUGAGAAAUGAUGUUGAUCUCAAUCUGCUUCAGAGUAUGUUUAGUUGUAAAUGAGUCUCAGAGGUUACUGUUAGGAUAUUGUUUUGUGAUUUCCAAGUACACUCAUGCUUCAAUUUUAGUGAUUAAAUGGCUAUUCUGUUACUGGAUUUAAUACCACAGUCGAAAUAAGUAGCACCCUUGUCCAUAUUUUGACAAGUAUUUCAUCUUUGUUCCUUGUUGCUUACCUAGUUUUAUAAAAGUGAAACUGUUUGGUGUUGAUCU